GGCUUUGGCAUACAAGCGGGCUCUGGGAGAGCCAAUUCUUCGCCUCCUUCCGCAUUUCUGGGGCCCAGCUGCAGAACGGAGCUACGGCUCGGGGCAAGGGCAAGGCUUUUGAAAUUUGGUGUGCAGGAACAUGUCUCAGUCUGCUGAAAAAGUAAAGUUUUCUGACUCGGCUGGAUACGUGGGGUUUGCCAACCUGCCCAACCAAGUCCACCGGAAGUCGGUCAAGAAAGGGUUUGAGUUCACCCUCAUGGUUGUCGGAGAAUCCGGUUUGGGGAAAUCCACCUUAAUUAACAGUUUAUUCCUGACGGAUCUGUAUCCUGAACGUUACAUCCCUGGAGCUGGAGAAAAGAUUGAAAGGACGGUUCAGAUCGAAGCUUCGACCGUCGAAAUUGAAGAGCGAGGGGUCAAGCUGCGUUUGACCGUCGUGGACACUCCGGGCUACGGCGAUGCCAUCAACAGCCAAAACUGUUUCAAAACCAUCAUCCAUUACAUCGACAAUCAGUUUGAGCGAUACCUGCACGAUGAGAGCGGCUUGAAUCGGCGCCAUAUUGUAGACAACCGGGUGCAUUGCUGCUUUUAUUUCAUUUCUCCUUUUGGACAUGGACUGAAACCUUUGGAUGUGGAAUUCAUGAAGGCAAUUCAUGGAAAAGUGAAUAUUGUCCCUGUCAUAGCGAAGGCAGACACUUUAACUUUGAAGGAAAGGGAGAGACUGAAGAGAAGGGUCUUAGACGAAAUAUCUGAGCAUGGCAUUCGGAUUUACCAGCUGCCCGAUGCCGACUCCGAUGAGGAUGAAGAGUUCAAAGAACAGACGAGGGUCCUGAAGGCCAGUGUUCCUUUUGCUGUGAUUGGGUCCAACCAGCUGAUCGAAGUGAAGGGGAAAAAGAUCCGAGGUCGCCUCUACCCCUGGGGGGUGGUGGAAGUGGAGAACCCUGAACACAAUGAUUUCCUCAAGUUGCGCACGAUGCUAGUGACGCACAUGCAAGACCUCCAAGAGGUAACCCAGGAUUUGCAUUAUGAAAAUUUCCGGUCGGAGAGAUUAAAAAGGACUGGCAAAUUCAGCAAAAAUAAGGAUUGUGAUGGCAGAUGCUGCCCAGAGGCCCGCGGAAGAAGAGGUCAUGGACAAAGACAGGAUCCUUCAGCAGAAGGAGGCUGAGUUGCGUCGUAUGCAGGAGAUGAUCGCCCAAAUGCAAGCCCAGAUGAGGAUGAAACCUGCAGAUGAGUAAGGAGGGUAUCCUAAGACUUUUGAC